UAAAUAAACCGGUUAGCCGGGGGCCCGGGCGUGCGGUCCAAUCAGGUGCGAGGAUGUUGGCAGGUGGGUGGAGUGUCGUGUCUGUUUUUGUUUUAAUGUUUUUGUUGAAAAGUUGAAGAAGGCAAAGAGAGAGGGAGAAAUAAUAUCCUCCGGUGUGUGGUGGCUGGGGAGGGAGGGGUGGGCAAGGGAGAAGCGGCGGCGGCGGCGAGUGGCCGGCCGGAGCCAGCGGCAGGAUGAAUGGAGUCACCAAGAGCAGGUUCGAGAUGUUCUCGAACAACGAUGAAGCUGUGAUAAACAAGAAACUCCCAAAGGAACUGCUUCUCCGAAUAUUCUCCUUUUUGGAUGUGGUCACCUUGUGUCGCUGUGCUCAGGUUUCCAGGUACUGGAAUGUCCUGGCACUGGAUGGUAGUAACUGGCAGAGAAUCGACCUGUUUGACUUCCAAAGAGAUAUAGAGGGCCGAGUGGUAGAAAAUAUUUCCAAAAGAUGUGGUGGGUUUUUACGGAAGCUUAGUCUGCGAGGAUGUCUUGGAGUGGGUGACAACUCUUUAAGGACAUUUGCUCAGAACUGCAGGAAUAUUGAACAGUUAAAUCUGAAUGGAUGCACAAAAAUCACAGAUGCAACCUGUACUAGUCUAAGUAAAUUCUGCUCCAAGCUAAGAAGUCUAGACCUAGCUUCAUGCACAUCUAUCACAAACCUUUCUUUGAAAGCUCUGAGUGAGGGAUGUCCACUUCUAGAACAGCUGAAUAUAUCCUGGUGUGACCAGGUGACGAAGGAUGGGAUACAGGCACUAGUGAGAGGCUGCGGUGGAUUGAAGGCUCUGUUUCUUAAAGGAUGUACACAGCUAGAAGAUGAAGCUCUGAAAUACAUUGGUGCUCACUGUCCUGAGCUGGUCACGCUGAACCUCCAAACUUGCUCCCAAAUCACAGAUGAGGGACUGAUUACAAUUUGCAGAGGAUGUCAUAAACUUCAAUCGCUCUGUGUCUCUGGCUGCAGUAACAUCACUGAUGCUAUUUUGAACGCACUGGGACAGAACUGCAUUCGACUUAGGAUAUUAGAGAUUGCUAGAUGUUCACAGUUAACAGAUGUGGGAUUUACGACAUUAGCUCGGAAUUGCCACGAACUUGAGAAGAUGGAUCUGGAAGAGUGUGUUCAGAUUACAGACAAUACUUUAAUUCAGCUUUCCAUCUACUGCCCACGGCUUCAAGUAUUGAGUUUAUCACACUGUGAAUUGAUCACUGACGACGGAAUUCGCCAUCUUGGGAAUGGGGCCUGUGCUCAUGAUCGAUUGGAAGUAAUUGAAUUAGAUAACUGCCCGCUGAUCACUGACGCGUCACUUGAACAUCUAAAGAACUGUCACAGUCUCGAGAGAAUAGAGCUAUAUGACUGUCAACAGAUAACGCGUGCUGGGAUCAAGAGACUUCGGACGCACCUACCAAACAUCAAAGUCCACGCUUACUUCGCCCCAGUGACCCCUCCUGCAUCAGUGAGCGGUGGUCGGCAGCGUUUCUGCAAGUGCUGCAUCGUUCUAUGACACCUACUUUACUUUUUGCAAAUCUAUUUAAAUAGCAUUAGAAUGGAGACGAUUGAAUGCAUCAUCAGUGGUGAUCCUGGUGGACUGUGGGGCUGUACAGUAAGGACUGUCCAAUCACUGUGGCUAUGACGGAUCACAUGGUUACCAGGCAGUGUGGGUGAUUCCCAUGUCAGUGGGUGCAGCCACUUACUAGUUCUGUCACUGUAUGAUUCAAUUCAGAGAUUUCCCAAAAAUAUGGAUAAUUUAUUUUUUUUAAAAUCAAUGUUGGAUUAAAAAAGAAAUUUUGGUUUUCAUGUAAUGCAGUGGGGAAAAAUCUUUAACCUGUUUCCGAAUUAUAUAAGUCAAGUUGGCAGUACAAGAGUGCUAGGUGGCAUAACCAAGUUUUAAACUGCAUCCUAACCCUUUUGCUCACUCAUGUCACUUUUUGCAUGGUAAAGGGUGAGAAUUGUAUAAUUGAAUUCUUGGCUGUGAAAUUUUGUACUGAGUUUUAUUUUGUUGGUCCAAACCCACAGUGGAUCCUGCUAUUACUUCUGAGGAAAGAAGGUUAUUGGAUGCCGCUUCUAGAAGUGCAACUCUCUCAAGUUUCUUUAGUUGUCUUCGUCCACCUCCUGUCCUUUAGCUUCUUUACCAUUCUGAACUUUUUUAAAAAGAUAUUUCCUUGACUCUCCCCACCUGACCAUGUUGAAACCUUCCUUAGCGCAUGCAGUUUUAUGUGCCAUGAGCAAGCAGCUAGCGUAAAAAGUGAGAACCAUGACCCAUGAGUUUUGGUGAGCUGUUUAAAUAUGCUUGUGCUAUUCGCAGAUGGGUUCAGUUCAGACACAAACCUCUGUUGUCAUUUUGAAAUGUGACCCCGGUUGCUGGGUAGAAAUGCAGGUCAGGAACCUGAGUUGAAAUUGUUUUCAGUGACCAUGGCCAGUGAAAACUAAAAUAUUUCACUCAUCCUCCUGACUGAAACCAGCAAAUUCAACACAGAUAAAUUUUUUUAUGACUUAGCUACUAGCUAAAUGAUUCUCUUUAUUUCUAAGUAAUAAAAAGGACAAGCUUUUUCUAAUAAUUUGAAGAAUGUAGAACAAAUGUUUUAGCAUUUAUCCAGUGACCUCUGUUUGUUUUGUACUGUAUUACUCCACAUUGACACUCCCAAGCUUAUGGUUCCUGUCUCAGGUUUAAAACACUACUGAGUCACACCAGCAUGUGUAAGUUGUUUUUCCAUAUUCAUGGGAUUUAAAACUUGCAUUAAAGCACAUCUCAUGAUGUCAGGGCUGGAUCUAAAUACAGAUAACUUCUUAAAAUUAAACUGUGCAAUGAAGAUGUUAAAGUUUUUCAUUUUGAUUUGAGGGAAGUGAAAGCAUGCAUCAUGUUUUGUAUUUUUAUUGAGCAUAUAGAAACUUGGUUGAAUCUAGAAGAUCAGUGACACUUUCCUAAGCCAUUGGUUGGGAUCAUAAUGAUACCGAUUCCAGGAUAUAUGUGUCUACUGAAAUGAUUGGUAUUCACACUGUUACAGGUGCUCCCUGUGCAAUUUAAUUUUUAAAAGGUAGUUUUGGAGGGACUAGUGUCGAUGUCUUUCCUAUUUCAUGGCCUGUUUUGUUCACUGUACAGACUUGCUGAUGAAGCAGUGUUGAGAUAAACCACAGGUAUAUAAAUGCCUCAAUCUUUAUCUUUCCAAAGCCCAGACCUUAGUAUGUCCUACUUCUUUGAGUAAGUUGUAUUGCUGGUAAUUGGUAAUACUUUCAGGCUGCCUUUACAAUAAAGGAAGUGGGAUGUGCUAAGAGCUAGGUUUUGGAGAAAUAAAGACUGGAACUGUUGCUGUAUUUGUGGUUUGUCUCAGCACUGUUUUAAGUCUGUACAGUGGUGAACAGAAAGGGCUGUGGAACAUGAGAAAAGAAACAACACAUUUGCUGGAGAAACUCGGCAGAUCUGUGGAGACGAAUCAGAUAACGUUUUGAGCCCAGUGACCAUUCUUCGGAACAUUAGCUGGACGUCGAGCCCAGUCCCUCCAAAAAAUACCCUUUUACAAAUCAAAUGUACGUGGAGCAUCUAGCAGCAGUGUAAAUAACAAUCAUUGCAGUAGAUACAUAUUUCCUGGCAUUUGUACUAUUAUGACCCUAACUGAUGGUAAUACUGGACAAGUUAAAUCCCACAGUAAAUCCUGGCUUGAUAGACUGUAAGUUUUAUUAUUCUUUUUAUUUACUGUGGUGGUCAAUCACUUAAAUAGAUUAGCAAGAUGCUGCCAGUGUAUGCUUGACAAAAGAACAGAACAGUUCAUUAGGAAAAAGACCCCUACAAUUGAUAGAGAACUACAGGAAUAAUCUCAUUGCGAAAGAAAGAUUCAUCCCUCUUAACCCAGCAAUACACUUGCAGAUUCUGAAAUGUCAGCUAAGGUUCACCUCAAUCCCUGCAUUAAGGUUGUUGCUCAACUGGUGUGGCUAUAAUCUAUCUCCUUUCAAAUUUCUGUGCAUUGGUGCAAGUUCUUUUCCCUUAACUCAUGUCUUCAACAGUCUUGUAGGAUGACUUUUUCUCCUCUGGAGCUUUCUUUGACUUCUAAGCAACUCGGUACUUCUCCCUAGCCCUGAACAAUUGGAGACUGCUAAUAAAACCUUUGCUGUUGGGGCCCUCUUCCCCUGCAUGAAUCUGCUUCCAGCCUGUUCUCCAUUGUCUCAAAUGUCCCCUUGCCCUCUUGAUUGUACUUGCUUUCCCCAGGCAAGUUGCUGGUCAUUUAGCUGAAAUUGUGACUUCGAAACUGUGUUUUGAACUCAGGUCAAAAUGUACUUUGAACGCUAUCAAAGAAAAUCAGAUCAGAUUUUCACAGCACUGAAAACUAAAAUUUAUUUUCCUCUACUUUAGAUCCCAAUUUCUCAAUAUAUUAUGACCCUUACAACAGCGUGUAAGAUGAAAAUAAUGGUAAAAUGAUAGUUAAGAAAAUUUGUACAUUUUAUUAUGUUUAUUUAUUUCCCUCUUUGCUAGUCAUAUUUUUUUAGAGCACAAUAUGUUAUAGUACAGAACUAAUCAUGUUGUUUUUCUACCAGUUCGCACCCAUUUAUAACAUACAUUUAUUUUGGGGCGCUCCCAAAUGGCUGUUAUAACUUUUGGUGAGAGAUCAGUUUUCUCAUGUUUACACUGAAACCUAUGACUAGGGUUUUCACGUGGUUUUUCCACCAGAGUUACAAUAGUGUUCAAGAGGGAGUCAAAUUCCUGUUGGAGCACAUUUUGCCAAGUUCGUACUCUGGCUGUGGAUUGCUUCUCUACAUGACCUUGGUCACUGGUGGUUUUGAUGAAGUUUAAAUUCACUUGCAGUUUUCCUUUAUAACUGUGUUUCUUUCUUUCUUUGUGGUUGCUGAAGCUGUCAGUUUUUGUUUUGUAUGUUUUUCUUCCUCCUUGUUCUAAAUAUUGCCUAACGGGAAUGCCUUUGCACUAAGAGUCCUUUCAGCAAAUGCUGCUUGUUUUUACAGCUGACUUGCAUGCCAUGUUCAUAAUAUGCCACUAGGAUAUAUCUUAAAUAUCAGAUGUCCUGCAUUGACUUGGUAUCAGUGCUGUGCCAUCCAUUUAAUUCACCACUUCCUACAGUAAUUCACCACUUCCUACAGUAAAGAUAAGCUCCAAAGGCUUUAGUUGAUGACUUAGGAGUUAAGAGAAACAUGGCUAUGUCUGUAAUACCCAAGCACUUCUGAUUUGGGUUUCAUGAUGGCAUCAGCAUUUGCAGGCACGAUGCAAGGUUCAAGUUCUCAAACAUACAAAUUUUUGCUUGGCCCUUCAGUUCAGUAUUUCUAGUUUAAAACCUGAUCCUGUGUGAAUAAUGUCCCUGUGGGUUGUCUGUUGGUCUACCGUCAGCACAUUGAUGUUUCACUGUAGUAAAUGCUCUAUGCAGACAGAAGUUACAUGCACAUUAUUUUCCUUGUUGCUGUCUAGAUCUCUUAAAGGCAUCCCCAGCUGCUGCCAGUGGCAUCUAUAGCUGUUUACGGGGCUCCCAUUUUUCUUCUGCUAUGGUAACAGGGCCAAACAUUUGGAAAAUUGAUAUAGUUUGAUCCGUCAACAGCCAUUGUCACGAACUUAAGACCGGUUUUGUUAGAUACUUCCCGCAUUUAUAUUUUAUUGGCAUAAUAUUCGGCAUCACGUGCAUGGUUUUAAUGUCCUGUUCCCAUUUGAAAAUUCUCUGCUGUGCUGGAUGCCAUACCAUCUGAACAGAUCCCCCAAAGAUUGAAGUAGGGGGAUCAAUCUUAUGCAAUUCUGAGAUAAGUUCAAGAGACUGAUUUGACCUAUUCCUAUGCAUCUUUUGAGAUGUGAUUCAAAGUUUCUUACAGAAUCGCAAUCUAGUCCAUUUUGACAUCCAUAAUAAUCCACAUUUGGUUUUCAAAUAGUGCCCAUGCAGAAACAGGGAAGGGAGUUUGAUUGUAUUUCUGGAUGGAUAAACUUAAGCUGACUGUCUUUCCCCGGAAUUAUUCUGAAAUAACAACAUCAUGGUAAAACAGCUUGGUGGUGAUUGGAGGGCCAGCUGUUCCACUUGCAAUUUUGGCAUGUGGCAGUUGCUAACUCCUGGAUAGCUCAUCAUUAAAAAUAUUGUGGCCCGAGAAUUCAAGAGCACUGGCUAUUACUGAAGCAGGAUUUUGCUGUGUUGGGACACUGGAGAAGCUAGAGAACUUCCCCUGAAGCACUCUGUGAUGAGUCAACUUUUUGAGCAAUAGGCCAAGACCACCAUGUAGAUCUAGCCAGCAGCAGUCACAUCUUAAAAGACACAAUACCACAAAGAUUGACCUUGGCCAAUCCCUGCAGUUAAAGCCCCACCGCACAUGAAUUUAUAAAAGUCUGUUUGAGCUUGCAUAGAAAUUAUGAACUUUUGUUAUGAUAAGACAUUCCUGACGAAUACAGGAAUGGAUAUUGCUGAAUAUUAAGCGAUAGGUGGAGUCACUAUUGCAACAUAACGUGGAUGGAUUCAAAAAUGAAAUAAACAGCAACAAAACUCUUUGCUGGAAAUUUGAAACACUGAUGCUCUCACUGUGUGUGGGACAAAGUGCCCUCAUGCCUCAUUUAACAUAAUGCCGAUACAGCAGAGCUAACGAGGAACCUAUACUGCUAUUCUGAGCAUGUGCAGGAUUUUCAAAAGCAUGAGAAUGGAAGAUAUUGUGUCACAUCAGUGCAGUCCAUCAGCCCCAUGGCAUGCAGUUUUGAAUGCAAAUGAUCAUUGUACCUUCGUGUGUGGUUUAAGUGGUAAUUCAUCUAUUUUAAUAGAAAGUUGUGGGAGUCUCCUGUGGUCUGGAGGGAGUGCGAUCUCUACAAUUCUAAACUUGGAGGCACUGUAAGCUCUUUCUUGAGAAAUAGCUGACUAGAGUGAGUUAACAAAGGAAGCUGAAGAAAUAAUGUGGAAGCAUUGACUAAUAGAAACCCAAGCAACCAGGCCACCUCAUUUCACCUCUUGUUGACUUUUUUUAAAAAAAAAAUCAUUCCAGAAAGAGGGAUUAGGGGUGAAGUGACAGUGCAGUCAAAGUGAGGAUAUAGUAUUAUGCAAUGGUGUUUCUGCACCUCCGAGAUCAAAUAAGUGGAAGAUCUCCUCAGAUGAGAUUGCUUUGCCAAGUUGCUUUGCACAGUGAGAUGCAUUCCUGGUAAAACAUGAGAUUACAGCCUUUUUUUAAGAAAAAAAAAGAUCGUUCCAGUUCAAUGUUAAUUUCACAAUUUUCUGAAGAUCACUAUUGGUGCGCAAAAUGUGGAAGUGUUGCUGACAUUUUUGCUGAGUGCUUGCCUAAUAUGGUAAAGGCAUGGUAUUAAGUUAAAUAAUCGGAGAACUGAUUUGUGAUUUGCCUGAGUUGUUGCAUUCUGAAGAGCAAAUAUUUGCUCAAGCUCUGAAUUUACACAAGAACUGCCAAUGGAUUCGCUUGGUAAUCCUGGUGAUUAACUAGAUUACCUUUUAUGUUUUAUUCUUUAGUUGUCCAGCUGAAGUUGAAUUUAGCAAAGGGAUGGAUCAGUGGCUCUUGGCUUUAGCUGUUACAGCUGCCAAGCUUUACUAUGCCACUUGCUGCUUCCAUUUUAAAUUGAGCAAUAGAAUCAUCAGCUGUGUUGGAAAUUGAGACUAAUUCCACACUGCAGCAUUGUGUAAACAUUUUAAGGUUGGAGUUUUCUUAUUGGAGGGUGGUGGUAUGUGCUGUAGGGAGACAGCCUUCUUUACAAUGCAAUCUUACAGAAAGGUGAAUAAUUUAUUUCCAUUUUUAAAGUGACAGUACCCAUUUUUCUGGGCCAACUUAACACCAGAUCUGAGGUGUUGCUGUUUGAAAUCCAACAUGAUCACCACAGCCAUCCACGUGCAACUGAGGUAUUUUUAGAUCUUAAGUGGAAAGUGUUUAAAAAUGUUCUGUUCUUUAAGCUUUAACGUAUUUGUUAAGGGAAAUGAAGAGAGCAAAGUGCUAAUAAAACAUUGACUAUUUUGAGUUGUGAAUUUAAAUUGGAUUCAAAUGAAAAAUGUCUUGGAAUGUUGAUUGGAACUGUCAGCAAAAACUUUUGAACCUCCUGCUGUGAAAAAGCUCUUCAGCCUGUAAUUCUAAAGUACGAUUCCUGCCUACAUUUUGAUGCUUGAAACUUCCAAGUUCUAUCGGUUUCAAUGGAACAAGGUCUCUAGAUUUCUCCCCCAGUCCUUCCUUUCCCCCAUGAGGAAAGAAAACUUAGCAGCAUAAAUGAAACAAUUUGAAUCCAGGGUAUUGGAUAGUCAACUGGACCUGCAUUUGGAAUCCAUGUUAUGGGCCAGGUAAGUGAAGAGUCUGGUAAGGGAAUCUGAAUGCCUUGCAAUAACUGAACUUUAGGACAAGUGUUGAAUGAAUAGACUGAGGCAAAUCAUAAUUAAAUAACCUGUAGGAGGUUGUGUGUUGAGCAGUUGUUUGUGCAAAGGAACUGUAACCCAAUGUGAGUUGUCAUCAAGUGGGGAAAGGAAGAGGACAGAACUGACAAACUGAAGACAGUAACAUAUAAACCUUUGUGUUGACAGAAGCACACUCUGCUUCACUGCUGAUAUAAGCUUAACUUCAGAGAUAAAUAGAGGACCUUGUUGCAAUGAGCAAAUUUAAUUUGAGGUAGAGAGUGGGUGAAAGGGUUAACAUGAUCAGGAGUAAAAGCUUUUUAAAGCUACAACAUAAUCGGAGCUGAAACGUUUUUAGCAUUGUCUGAAACUGCAGUUCAUUUAUUUAUGCAAGGUAAAGGCUACUUGAAGAAAAAUCAUUUUAAGUAUGUAUAUAUUUUGUAAAAAGGAAAAAAAAUUUAAAAAUUCAUUAGCGUGAUGUGCGGCCUUAACCAUCAAGGUUAUUCGCUUUAUAAAUUAUGUAAGAGAUUGAAGUCUUUAGUUAUUGAGGAUGUGACUUUUGACAGACACUCUAGUCAGUGCCGCUGCCUGUGGAAGGGAUGAUACAUUUCAAUAAUGGGAGUGGUUGGAAUGUAUGCAAAUAUGUAGAACUAAUUUUCUUUGCUUUUUUUCCCCCUCAGUAGUGUCUUUUUUGUUUUUCCCCACCUGGAAAUGAGAAUUAAAUGAGUUGCAAACAAACCUGGUCCAGAGUCAGUUUAGUGAGGCCUGUAUGGUUGCAUGGCACAAUAAUGUCAGAGUUGGUUCCCUCUUCCUAAACUGAUGUAUAAUAAAUUUUCUUCCUUCUGUGUGGUUCCUGUGUACAUCACAUCUAGUGGGACUAUCUAUAGAUUGGAUGCAUAUAAACCCGUGAUUUAAACGUUUGCUUUUCUUUCGCUCUGACCAUUCCCAUUUUGUAAUUUUCUGGAAAUCCAAGUUAAAUAAUGUUGUCACUUUUUAAAAAAAAAAGUCUUAACGUUCUUUUUUCUUCAAAUUUUAACCACUGAGUGAGAGUAAAGCCUGUCAGCUGUCUGUCUCAUUUCUCAAUGCCAAGGUGAGUUGGGCAUUUCAUUGCUGCUGUGAGUCCAUACAGGCCUUACUAUUGAGAAAUAACCUGAUGAUUUGUGUUUCAGCUUUGAAAGAAUGUGUUACAUUUAAAUGUUACGUUUGGUAAAUAGGUUGAAAUCUUGUUCAAUCCCUUAUAUAUAAACCUGUGUUGUACAUACUGUAUUCCAAUUAUAUUGUAAUCUGUGCUAAUAUUCUCAAACACUGAGUGUUCAUAAUAUAAUGCCAAUGUAUUAAAUAGUGGAGUAUUUCCUUUA